AUCACCUGGUGUCCCUAGGGCACUGUGUUACCGAUCCUGAGGAGAGCAUCAGGUCGGAGCAGGGAUUACAGCCGUGGACUGUGGAUGAUCCCCCAAACCAGGACCUCUCAGAUGUCCAUACUGUGGAUCACCUGACUCAGGACAGCCCUGCAAAUCAGGGCAGACAUGUGUGGCAAGUUCUUACCACCAGCAGCAAAAUACCAUCCAACGAGAGAACUGACUUAAUGGAAAAAAGCAAUUUGCACUCAAUUCAUUGUUUGAACCAUAGUAUCAAAAAUGAAAACAAUUCAGCGAUGAUGCGUGAGAACUUUACUAUACAUAGGGCCAUGAUGAUCCCUGGUGAGCUUCAUGAAGGGCAUGCUGGAGAGAACGAGGAGGUCUUUAGUAGAAUGAGGGAACUCAUCAAGUAUCCUGAGCACCUUAGUCACCAGGUGAUUCAGAACUUUCAACAGCCUUUUGAAUUUCGUGAACAAGGAAAAGUCGUGAGUGAAGAAACAGUAUUUACACCUAGAGGAGCCCUUCUGGAAGGGAUUGUGCGUAAAUGCAAUGAGUGCAGGGACACCCGUGAUGAGGUACCUUUCGUUGUCCGAGACAGAACCCAAGGAAGACAGACUCCCUGCAGUUGUAAUGAAAAGGGGAGAGCUGCGGACAUGACUCCAGUGCAUUUGAAUCCUCCUAGGUAUGUUGAACAUGCGCAGAAGGAAUGUUGUGAAAGUGGGGCCAGUCUCAGAAACACAUUUCACACCUAUCCGCGUGAGAGUACCCAGUUAGGAAAGAAUAAUUUGGGAUAUAAGAGAUAUGGUGAAGCGGCCUCUAAAACCUCUGUUCUGACUGAACAUCAGAAAACACAAGCAGACGAUCAACCUGAUGAGUGUGGGGGCACCGCUGAGAUUUCCUUACAGAGGGGAUACCAGAGAAAUCUCACUGCAGUGAAGUUGUUUGGCUCUAACAAUUAUGUGAAAACUUACUCAUGGAAGACUGCCCUCACUUUACAUCCACAGUCUCAAACGGGAGUGAAGUGCUACCCGUGUCAGGCGUGUAAGAAAACUUUCAGGCGGAAAUCUGCUUUUAGUGUCCAUCAGAGAACUCAUACAAGGGAUAAAUCCUAUGAAUGUCAGGCGUGCAGCAAAACGUUCUCCUAUAAGUCAGUUCUUGUUCUACAUGAGAGGACUCACACUGGAGAGAAAUGCUAUGAAUGUGAAGGGUGUGGGAAAGCUUUUUCCAGGAAGUCUCACCUUACUGAGCAUCAGAGAAUUCACACUGGAGAGAAGCCUUACGAAUGUCAAGAGUGUAGGAAGACUUUUAUCUUGAAAUCAUCCCUCAGUAGACAUCAGAGAAUUCACACUGGAGAGAAACCCUAUGAAUGUGAAGGGUGUGGGAAAGCUUUUUCCAGUAAGUCAUCCCUCAGUCUCCAUCAGAGAAUUCACACUGGAGAGAAAUGCUAUGAAUGUGAAGGGUGUGGGAAAGCUUUUUCCAGGAAGUCUAACCUUACUGAGCAUCAGAGAAUUCACACUGGAGAGAAGCCUUACGAAUGUCAAGAGUGUAGGAAGACUUUCCUCCGGAAAUCAUCCCUCAGUCUCCAUCAGAGAAUUCACACUGAAGAGAAACCUUAUGAUUGUGAAGGGUGUGGGAAAGCCUUUUCUAGUAAGGCACAACUUAUUAGACAUCAGAGAAUUCACACUGGACAGAAACCCUAUGAAUGUGAAGGGUGUGGGAAAGCUUUUUCCUGUAAGUAUUACCUCAGUGAGCAUCAGACAAUUCACAGUGGAGAGAAGCCGUAUGAAUGUCAAGAAUGUAGGAAGACUUUUAUCUUGAAAUCAUCCCUCAGUAGACAUCAGAGAAUUCACACUGGAGAGAAACCCUAUGAAUGUGAAGGGUGUGGGAAAGCUUUUUCCUGUAAGUAUUACCUCAGUGAGCAUCAGACAAUUCACAGUGGAGAGAAGCCGUAUGAAUGUCAAGAAUGUAGGAAGACUUUUAUCUUUAAAUCAUCCCUCAGGAGACAUCAGAGAAUUCACACUGGAGAGAAACCCUAUGAAUGUGAAGGGUGUGGGAAAGCUUUUUCCAGUAAGUCAUCCCUCAAUCUCCAUCAGAGAAUUCACACUGGAGAGAAACCCUAUGAAUGUGAAGGGUGUGGGAAAGCUUUUUCCAGUAAGUGUAACCUCAGUGAGCAUCAGAGAAUUCAUAGUGGAGAGAAAUCCUAUGAGUGUCAAGAAUGUGGGAAGGCUUUCCGCCAGAAAUCAUCCCUCAGUAAACAUAAGAGGAGUCACAGUGGAGAAAAGCCUUAUUAGUGUCAAGAGCUUGGGAAAACUUUUUCCAGUAAGCAAGCUCUCACUGGAC